UAAUUAUAUAAAAUAUUAAUAUAUAUAUAAUAUACAAUAUAUAUAUUCCUUGACACAGCAGUUUAAUGGAAUGUUUUCACCUGGAUUAAUUCACCUCAUUUUACACGUGUUUUAAUUAAGAUAGAAUUCUACAGUGGAAAACAUUUUAAAUUAUAUCAAUACAUUUUUCAUCGUAAAAGAUUCGAGUAAUACAGAUAAAGUUCAACCCUCUUAACCCAUUACCCAAUUCCAGGCUUUUCUUAGGGCUAAUUACAGUUAUUAACUUGAAGCAUACAUUUCCAGGGGCACCUGGGUGGCUCAGUCCGUUAAGCCUCUGACACUUUUGAUUUCUGCUCAUAUCAAGAUCUCACAGUUCAUGAGUUCAAGCACCUCCAUCGGGCUCUGCGCGAAGAGUGCAGAGCCUGAUUGGGAUUCUCUCUCUCCCUCUCUCUCUCUGCCUCACCACCACUCUCUCUCCAAAUUCACUUAAAAAAAAAAAGUAUACCUUCCAGAACCAUAUUAUUUGCAUGUACAUACAUAUAUUUGCAUUAAUGGAAAAAUAGGAUUUUGACAAUUAAGCACCUUUUUCUUGGGAAAAAAAAGUCAUGAUGUAAGUUUUUCUGCACAUAAAAACAUACGUUUUUUAUUACUUGUGCCAGGCCACGAGACAAUAGAGAUCAUUUCCAUAGUGUAUAAAUCUGUACUGCCUCAUCUAAAACGUUUAAACUUUAAUUUUAAUCCCCAGCAAAAAUAAUUUCAGGGAAGGAAAGGAGUCUAUUACACGGAGCCUCCUUCAGCAAGGUUUAGGGAAUUGUGACCCCAGGUGGCCAGAGAGGGAUUUUAAAGAAAGAACGACGAGGAUUUUCUGUCAAAAGACCUUUAACUUUUCCUUCUCGCCACGUCCAGCGUAGGCUGGGGAUGAGCUCCUGUCUCUUUUAGGCGGUCUUACUAAAAGGACCCCAAUACCGUGACCCACCCCGGGCCCUCCUAAGUUGCCCCUUCUUGCAGCCCUUUGCUGAGUAGCGCGGGAGAAACCAGCUCGGGUUCUCUGGUCCGCUCAGCCACCUCUGGCCCCACUGGGCCCCGCCCCGCGUGCCCUGCUUCAGCCGCCCGGCCCCGCCCCAUUCGGACAGGCCCCGGCGUGCCCUGCGUGGCCCCGCGGAGAGAGCUGACUCCCUCCCACACGAACCCGGCCGCGUGUGUUUGGCCUGAGCCAAAGCCGCGAAGAUCCGGGGCCAUGUGGAGGACUGUCCAUGCCGUGCUCCGGACCCCCGGAACCCCACUCCUGCUCCGGAGGUCAAUGUCCACAUCUGCCCUUCUCGCCCAGAAGUCUGCGACCUUGACCGUCACCCCCAAGACUGGGCUGGCCGACGAGCUCCUGGAUAUUAAAGUGGAGGGCUUAGGUCCCAGGGAGCGGGUGACCCUUCGGGCGUCGGCCGUCAGCUACCGAGGCCGCCUCUUCCGAUCGCUGGCCCACUACGAGGCGGACGGCCGCGGGGGGUUGGACCUGGCCAGGGACCGGGCUCUGGGCGGCGACUUCACGGGCGUGGAGCCCAUGGGGCUCCUGUGGAGCCUCAUGCCGGUCGGCUCGGAGGAUCCCUGCUUCAGCCAGAUGCCGAGAGGCGUGAUGAAAACCCCCCUCAAAGUGGAGGUGACCGUCCACCACGCGCCGCAGCAGCAGGCGGUACCGCUGGGCCCGGCGCUGGCCUCUGCCCAGGUGCAGCGCUGGUUUUCCAGCCCGGAGCUGAGCCGCGCUCGCCUGCAAGCCGGCCGCCUGCGGGGCGUCUUCUUGCUGCCCCCAGGAGAUGGUCCUUUUCCUGGUUUGAUUGAUAUGUUUGGUGAUGGAGGAUUAAAUGAAUCUCGAGCUAGUCUCCUGGCUUGUCGAGGUUUUGCUACUCUGGCUUUGCCAUUUUUUGGCUAUGAAGAUCUACCUCCAAUCAUGAAAGACUUAAAUUUAGAUUACUUUGAAGAGGCAGCUAAAUUUGUGCAAAGUCACCCAAAGGUUAAAGGUCCACACAUUGGAGUGAUUGGUUCUGGCAAAGGGGCAGAGUUGGCAUUUUCCAUGGCUAGCUUUCUCCCAAAUAUAGCUGCAGUUGUGAGCAUCAACGGCUGUGUCUCUAACACAGCUACUACCCUUACAUGUGGUAGAUCAAUCCUGCCAGGACUGCCUUUUAACCUAGACAAAAUCUCUGCCAUGGAUUCAGGGGUUUAUGAUGUUAAAGAAGCGCUGGAGGACCCCUUGGAUCCAGCCUACCGGGAAAGUCGUAUCCCCCUUGAAAAAGCCAGUGCCCAUUUCCUUUUUAUAGUCGGAGAAGAUGAUAGGCAUUGGAAGAGUUCUGUUUAUGCUGACAUAGCUGUGAAGCAUCUCACAGAGCAUGGGAAGACAAAUUUUACUCUUUUAAGCUAUCCUAACGCCGGCCACAGAAUAGAUCCCCCGUACAGCCCUUUUUUCUCUGUAUACCUUGAUCCAGUGUUGGGAGUGCCUAUUCUGGGAGGUGGGCAGCUAAAAGCUCAUGCUGUCGCUCAGAUUGAGUCUUGGAAGAAGAUCUUGGAAUUUUUGCACUUGCAUCUAGGGUAAAGUCUAACAAACUAAGUUUAGAAUAUGUGCAGAACCAUUUAAGGGAUUGAUUGAAUAUUUUUGACAAAUGACUGAAAUCUAGAUCUCUCAUGGGCAUCUGCAAGCUUUUAAAAGAAGUAAAAAUACUUGCUUCAAGUUCAUCAGAGCCUGUAACUUUGGUGACUAUCCAUGUUUCUCCAUGUUUGGUUGGUUUGAGCUUCAACUCAAGGCCUGCAGCAACAAGUAGAUCCAAAGCCAUAGUUCCUGGUGAACAGCUUUUGGGAUCUAUUUUGCCAUUUUGCAGGAUUUAAGAGAACAAAGAAAGGAUCCAAAGUAUAUAAUUCUUCAUUCUUUUCCUGUGUGAAUGUUUUUUAAAAUUUUUAUUUUAUUUUUAAUUUUUUUUUUUUUUAACAUUUAUUUAUUUUGAGACAGAGAGAGACAGAGCAUGAACGGGGGAGGGGCAGAGAGAGAGGGAGACAGAAUCGGAAGCAGGCUCCAGGCUCCGAGCCAUCAGCCCAGAGCCUGACGCGGGGCUCGAACUCACGGACCGCGAGAUCGUGACCUGAGCCGAAGUCAGACGCUCGACCGACUGAGCCACCCAGGCGCCCGUGUGAAUGUUUUUAACUUUUGAGAAUCUGAAACUCAAAAUGUACUUGAUGGGAAAUGUAGCAUGAUAUUAUAAAUUAAUUUUCAGAGACCAGUAAAUUUUUGCUUAUAUAUUGGUAAAUAGUUUAUAUAGAGGUAAAUAAAACAUAUUCAUGGUCAAAGUUUACUCCUCCAAUGACAAGGAGGAAGUAAAAGUAACAUUCUGAGCAAGUAUGAAGAUAAAAUUAAUUUGCUAGUGAUAUUUCACAAGUAAUGCAAUGCCUUAUGAUGUAACCCACAGUUUUGAGUAAGAGGCAUACUCUGUUAUGAGAUCUGUUUGAGGAUUAGAUUCCCCUUCCAACCCCAUCAACAAAACUGGCAAAGAUUUUGGCAGCCAAGAAAAAUUCUAGUUUGGAGACAUGUAGAGAGAGGUGUGGAGAUCUCAAACAAACAAACAAACAAACAAAAACAAAACAACACUACAAGAAAAAAGGCUGCAUAUGUUAUAAAUAUCCAUUUUAAUUUUCUUUAAUACACAUUUUACUUUUCCUAUUUUUAAAUAACUAUGGUUAAAUUACCUUUUUCAAAAUGAUAUUUAUUUCAAAAUUUAAAAUAGCCACAUUAUAGAAUAACCAGAAAAUAAGCACAAUGAACACUUUAGUCUACUAAGGCUGCCAUAACAAAAUACCACAGACUGGGUGGCUUAAACAACAGAAAUUUAUUUCCUCACAGUACUGGAGGCUGGAAUUCCAAGAUCAAGGUGCCUACAGUGUUAGUUUUUGGGGAGGCUUCUUUUGUUGGCUUCCAGGUGACCAUCUUCUUACUGUGUCCUCAGAUGGCCUUUCUUCUGUGACCACCACUCCUGGUGUAUCUAUUCCUCUUAUAGCGACACUAGAUAUAUUGCAUUAGGGCCCCACUCUGAUGGCCUCAUUUAACUGAAAUUACCUCCUUAAAGUCCUUAUUUCCAUAAACAGUCACAUUGGGGUUAGAGCUUCAACCCAUGAAUUGCGGGGGGGGGGGGGGACACAAUUCAAUCUGCAGCAAACAAUGGACCCUCAUAAUAUUCUUUAAGAUAUAGGUAUGUAUAAAUGUGUGUGCAGUAUACAAUUUUUAAGAAGAUUAUACCAGCUAUUUUGUUUGAUAACUUGCAUUUUAAACUCAAACAUUAUGGCUGCCUGCAUGUGAGCGGAUGCAUUUCAGCAGCAUUUUUAAUGGAAGAAUAUUAGUUCAUCAUUCGGAUGUUCAGUAAUACCAAUUCGUUUUUGUUUACAUUUGGGUUGUUUAUCUUUCUGCUAUUAAAACCUUGAACAUAAA